AAUUAGACAUGCCGUAUUCUGUUUCAGUUAUCGUUAAAGCGGUAAUUUGUUUCCAUCGUUGAUUGGGAUGAUUCCCGAAGGAUUAACUGAGCUACUGGAGAAGUUCACGGAGAAGGCAAUAUCGGAAAAGCCGAUUAAUUUGGUUGAGUUCGCAGCGAAUUAUUUUCGCAACCUUCUUCUGGAAUCAAAAAGUCAACCUGAAGAACACACGAGUAUAUUUUCCGCUUCCACUGGCAUUCCACAGUAUGAUGUUACGAUAACUGUCAGUGAUUCAAAACAAACAAUUCCCGUAAUAACCACAACCUCUGACAGCGAAAAGAACAAGUGUUACGACGAUUCGAAGAUCACUCUAAAUUUAUUACAGUUGUCAACUAGUGAAUGUUUCAUUCCUCUACACGACAACGAAAAUCGAGUAGGCUAUAUUGGUGCACGUCGACACAGUGUGGCAGCUGAAAGUUUUAAUCCAGCCACGAUAACUGAUUUGGAACCUGUUGUUCAUCCAAAGUCUGUAGCACAAAAACUUCGUUUAGUAUCAGUUGUCAAACCAAUUUUCAUUUUUCGUUCAUUGGAUGAAAUUCAACUGAGAAGAGUAAUCGAUGCGAUAAAAGAAACUCCUGUGACUAAAGGUCAAGUAAUUAUAAAUCAAGGUGAAGAUGGUGAUUAUUUUUAUGUAAUUGAAAGUGGGAAUUAUGAUAUAAUCAUAAAUGGAAAUAUAGUAGGAAGUUAUGCUGGAUCGGGUUCCUUUGGAGAACUAGCACUUAUGUAUAACACUCCUCGAGCGGCUACCAUUAUAGCGAAAACAGAUGGUGUAUUGUGGGCUUUGGAUCGAACAACGUUCCAACAUAUAGUUUUGCGACAGGCAUUUUUAAAACGUCAACUUUAUGAAAACUUACUGUCUUCAGUUCCGCUUUUAGGGAGUUUAAGUGCAUACGAACGUACUAAUUUGGCGGACGCACUUGGGAGUCAUACCUAUGAAGAUGGGACUUGGAUUAUUCAAGAGGGUGAACGGGGAGAAGAAAUGUACUUUAUUGAGGAGGGAUGUGUUGUAAUUUCUACCAAGAAUUCUAAAGGAGAGGAAAUCGUACUAAAACAGCUACACAAGAAUGAUUAUUUUGGUGAAUUAGCGUUAAUUUUACAUGAACCCAGGAAAGCAUCAGCCCGUGCUGUUGGUAGAACUAAACUUGCAGUUCUGGAUGUGUCAAGUUUUGAACGACUUAUGGGACCAUGUAUAGAAAUUAUGCAACGUGAAAUGGGACGUUAUCGUACUCAAUUACUUGAAACUUUGGGACCAGAUGAUAUACGUAAUAAUCCUUCAUUGGCAAAAUUCGUAGAAUUCGAACAGUAAUUUCAAAAAAACUACAUGAAUAUGUUAACUAUAAUGAAUUAUGAAAUCAAACUACAAUUGUCUGUUCUCAUUAAUUUCUUCUUAUAGAUGUUUUACACAAAUAAUCGUACCCCCAAUGUUUUAUUGAUAAAUUUCUGUAUUUUUCAUGAAUAUAAACGUUUAACAUUUUCAUCGUCUUUUUACAAUAUCUCUUAAGUGAUUAUUCUCACUAUUUACACAUACAUUCAAUCAUCGAAUCUAUCUUAAAAACUGAUGUUUAGUAUUAUUAUUAUCAUCACAAUAUCAUAUUGUAGGCAUAUUAAAUUAAUUACUUCAAACAUCACUUAUAACCAUAUACUAUUUUCAUACAAAUUCUAUGAUAUACUUUAGAAAAUAGUUUGAUUAAUUAUCUUUUUAUUAUUUUUUUUCCUUAUAAUUUAAUAACCUUUAUCGAUUCUCGUAUAAUGUAAAUAAUUAAUUGAUUAUUGGGUUUCUACUUGAAUUUAGAACGCACACACAAAAUGGUGUGAAAAAGUAAAACAGAUGGUGAAAAUUAAUUGAAGGAAAAUAAUUUAUCCAUUAAAUAAUAAACAUAAUUGAUCAUUUAAAAAGAAAAGAAAAAGAACAAAAGAGAAUUAAAAAGAAUGUCAUUGCAUUUCAUUCAAUUAUUUAAUACUUUACUUGUAUACUUAAAUUUCUUUAGUAUAUUGAAGAUAUAACAGAUGAAAAGCUAUUAUAUUUACUUACAAUUAUUAUUUAUUACUGCUUAUAGUUAAUAUUAAUUUAGUGAUAUUAUCAUUAACUUUACAGUUGUUGUUGUUGUUGUUGUUUAUUUAGAGUUGACAUUAUGAUUAUAUAUUUUAACAAAUUGAAUACAAUAAAAAUAACAGUAAAAUGAUGUACUAUUGUUGAGUAAUGAGUAAGUGUUUAUGGUAUUUAUUUCAACAGUACAUACGUACACAACUAUGAUCCUGAAGUAAACCUCCUCUUAUUUUUUUUCUUCUGUGCUAACUAUAAUUCAUGUUUAGUGCGUGUAUGUGUGUAUAUGCAUGGUAAUGUUUUUAUCACUGUUUUAUCUUUUAUUAAAUAAUUUUCGCCUUCUGGAGUGUUUAUAGUUUAUUCAUUUGUAAAUGUACAACUAUGAAUAGAUUUUAUGCAGUCCUAUAUUUUGCUGAUAGUUUAAAAUUUUCUAAUCAAACUAAAAGAUACUUUAUAUCAUUUAUGGUAAAGUUAUUAUUUUAUUUAGUUUUUUAAAGUAAUGAUAUAUAUAUGUUCGUUGUGUGUUAUUGUUAUUAGAAUGCUUCAUGUUUGUAGUAAAAUGUAAUGAAAAUAAUAAUCAAAUAAUUUUAAUUGAUCAUAUCUUCAUUGAU